AUGCAGUUCUCGCACGCCCUCGUCGCCCUCGUCGCUGCCGGCCUCGCCAAUGCCCAGCUUCCUGAUAUCCCAACCUGCGCUCUCAACUGCUUCGUCACUGCUCUUGGCGGCUCUGGCUGCGAGCAGUUGACCGACUUCAAGUGCCAAUGCUCCAAGCCUGAGCUCCCAGGCCAGAUCACUCCUUGCGUUGAGGCUGCUUGCCCACACGACGCCCAAGUCUCUGUCUCCAACAUCGUUGUUGACCAGUGCUCCAAGGCUGGUGUCCCCAUUGAUCUCCCACCAGUUGAGACCAGCGGAUCUCCUACUGCUGAGCCAACCGCUGAGCCAACUGCCGAGCCCACCGCUGAGCCCACCGAGACUGGAACUGGUGCUCCCACCGAGGAGCCCACUGAGGCUCCCACUGAAGAGCCCACCACCGCUGCCCCAACUGGCACUGGCCCUGGUGUCCCAUCCGGCACUGGCUCCUACACCGUCACCGGUGCCCCAACUGCCUCCACCCCAGCUGAGUUCCCCGGUGCUGGUUCCAACGUCCGCGCCAGCGUUGGCGGCAUUGCUGCUGCUCUCCUUGGUCUCGCUGCCUACUUGUAA